AUGCGCCUCUGCAAUAGCCGUAAAGCGGCUCAAUGGAGCUUGCUUGCCGUCUUCAGCGCCCUGCUCCUUUGCCAGGGAGCACGAGGGCAGCGCCAAGUAUCGCUGCAGGCAACGGACUCAUCGGACGUUGUCACGUCGUCGACCUACUUGGACACUGCCGGCUCCACAGACAGCGGCUCCAGCGCCGCUCCGACCCCGACCUCUAGCACCCUGCCGAUCGGCAGUGCCGCGGUAAGCACUGUCGACGACGAUGACGAUCCCUCUGCGGCAGCGUCGGCUUGGCAACCACCACCGACUCAGUCAGCAACGGUUCCGUCGCCAAACGGUGCUUACCCAAACCCUCAGUGGUCGAGCCUGCUCGGUAAGACGCUCUACUUCUAUGACAUUCAGCGCGCCGGCCAGCUACCGAGCAAUUUCCGCGUCCAGUGGCGCGAUAGCUCCUCGACCAGCGAUGGUAGCGACGAAGGUCUGGACCUGACAAAAGGCUUUUUCGACGCUGGCAACUUCAUCAAGGCUACCCUCCCGCUCUCUUGGACGUUGCAGCAGCUCGCUUGGGCCGGCGCUAUGUACGGCGAGUCCUUCGACUCGACUGGCCAGACAAAGUACCUCAACAGAACCAUGAGAGUCGGUCUCGAUUGGCUUCUGGAGGCCAGCAGCAAACCAGACACGGUCGUCGUGCAGGUGGGCCGCCUGGACGACAACUAUUGGGGUCCAGCGAGCGGGAUCCCUCAAAACCGUCCUUCCUACACGGUGACGCGCGACAAUCCAGGAACCGACAUUUUUGCCGCCGUUUCCGCUACGAUGGCGCUUGGCGCCCUGUUGUACAGCGGCACGGCCAUUCCCGCCGGCUUGAAUCAAAACGGCACAGUCGCCUCUCUCCGCGAUGACGCCUAUGCCUCCCGGCUACAGCAGCGGGCUAUCUCCAUGAUGCAGUUGGCCCAGAGCGCGACGCCUCAACAAGUCUACCAGAAAGCUCAGCCGUACGGUGCGCAAGCAUAUCCCUCUAGCGACUUUAACGACGAACUCAUCCUAGCUGCCACGUGGCUCGCUGCCCUUACGGGGCAGCAACAAUACGCCCAAUAUGCGCUGGAUGUGUUCAACGACAACGGGUUCCCAUGGACUUCUGGUGCACUCAAUUGGGAUUCCAAAGUCGCCGCGACACCAGUUGCAAUGCUCCAAGCCGCUGUGCUGAGGCCAGAGCUCUCGUCUGUCUUCAAUGUCGACACACUGCGAGACAAGUCGGAGGUCUGGCUCGAUGCAGCGGUAGACAACAAAAUGUCCAGCUUUUUCUACACUCCUGGUGCACUCCCUUGGUGGAAAGGGGACUCGGAUGGUACGAGCAUGAAUCCCAUGAUGAAUGCAGCCUUCUUGUCGGCCAUCUACGGACCAUUUGCGCGGGGCAGCAAGGUGAACAAGUACGCUGGAUGGACGAAUUUCCUGAUCGAUUACGUCCUCGGCAAGAAUCCGAUGAACACUGUGUACGUCAUCGGCGCCAGUCCCAACAGUCCGCUGAAUGCGCAUUCCAGCAUGGCGAGCGGCGGUCGCGACAUCAGCGAGAUAGACACGUCGCCACCCGUCAUGGCGCACACCCUCUGGGGAGGCGUGCUUGGCGGUCCGGACAGGAAAGAUCGAUUUUUUGAUCAACGCAGCGAUUACACUCAGAGCGAGCCCACCGUCGACCUGGUCUCACCGAUGGUCUUUCUCUCCGCGCAGAGAAUCGCAACUCGCGCUGCUGACCCUUACUACGUCUCCAACCUUGCUGACAAGCCGCGCAAGGUGGCAAAGAGGCCCAAGUCGAGCAGCCAAGUCGCUCUCGAAGCUGCUCUACCUACCGUUCUCAUCGUCCUCGCGCUCGCCAUCGCCGGAUUCGUCGCUUUCAAGAAGCGAGACACGAUCCGGCAGUGGUCGCGACAGAGACGUAUGAAGAAGAUCGGUGUCUCUUACAAGAAGGAAGACUUUGUCUAGCCUUCUUGUUCGUCUCCUUGGACAUUAAAGACCUGUCGUCGCCGCUACUAUCCUCUGCCAUUGUUGCCACACCAUCUUUCCCCGUUUUCUCCCACGCAUCAAAUGUACUUUGCUACGGCUCGAACCCGUCUAUGAAGCUUCGGAAUCGCAUCUCACCACGUCCUCGCGUGAUCAAGGCCGCUGCCGUUCCUCAUCCUAUCGCAAUCUGCUCUGCACACUGCAUGGUCGAUGCAUCUUUAUUGCAAUAUCAUCGAUUGCGUCGCGAAGUUGGGGCAAAUGAAGAACGGGAGAGAAAGUGGCGAUGCAAAUGAAUCGCAGUAG